AUGAAUCGUGAAGCUCAGCUUGAGAAACGUUUUAACGACAUUCUCAAAGGCAGAGUUCCUGCAAAUGCACAAAACUACGCUCACUUUUUGGAAGCGAUUUGUGCACAGCAAGACCCUGCAGCCUGCAUCCACAAAAUCGUGGAGAGCUCCCAAGGCUCAACCGCAGUUCAGGCUGCCAUGCGUCACAAUACUAACUCCCAGUUCCUCAAUGGUCCUGCAACCAAGCUUCUGCUAUAUCUCUUCCGAGCAACAGACCUCGGUGACGUCUUGGAUCACUUACUCAUCACCAUAGUUGAUCCUCCCAUUUUUUGGACUGCCUUUACCCAAGCAUUUGAUCAAGGUGAUCUCAAUGAGCCAGCUCAGGAAGCAUUCGCGGCACUCCUCCUUCGCCUCAUGUGCCUCACUACGGGGAAUACCUCGUGUUAUCGUGACAUUGCAAAGAAGUCUAGUAUUCUUACGAGGCUUCUCGACUCAUCACAAUGGAAAGUCAAAGACAUCGGCUACCGUAUCCAACAUAUCCUUUCCACAUUCAAUUCUGGUACACCUGUCACUGCAGUCGGGGGACCUGGUGGUCGCCAUGAUAAUGAUUUUAACGACUUCAGGGAGAUCUCCAUUCUUCCAACUGCAGACGAGAUUCUCUGCCAGCAGCCUCCUUUCAUUCGCCCGAGCAGCGUAUUGGAGGAUCCUGAUGGCGAGGCAACUCGUACAGCUGACUACCUGGAUAAUACCUUCCGCUUGCUGCGCGAAGACAUGUUAUAUGAAAUAAGAGAAGAGCUCCAGACCGCUAUAGGGCAGAAGAAAGGGCGUCACCGUGGGGUCACCAUCGACGGCGUCACACUCAUCGGCGUUUACAGCGGUGCGGAUGAUAGAAAA